AUGGCGCUGGCAAUCUCCAUGGAGGGCAUCGAGGCGCGGGCGCGGGAGCUCGGGGUGGACCUCUCCGCUGUCGAUCUGGACUCCAUUGCCCUCCCGGCCGGCGAGGACUUCGGCAUCCUCAGUGAUGACGAGGAGGUACUCCGUAGUGAGGAUCCUCCAGAACUUGAAAUGGGUUUAUCCAACAUUAUUGUAGUGGACAAUCUGCCAGUUGUUCCUCCAGAAAAGUUUGAGAAGCUUGAGAAUGUCAUACGCAAGAUCUACAGCCAAAUUGGUGUAAUAAAAGAAAAUGGUCUAUGGAUGCCUGUAAACCCAGAGACAAAGAAGACAUAUGGCUACUGUUUCAUUGAGUAUAAUACCCCUCAGGAAGCUGAGCUGGCUAGGGAAAAAACCAAUGGGUACAAACUCGACAAGUCUCACAUCUUCGCAGUUAAUUUGCUUGAUGAUUUCGAGAAGUACAUGAAAGUUCCUGACACAUGGACCCCUGCUGAAAUUAAGCCAUACACUGCUGGAGAAAAUCUUCUGAAGUGGCUAACUGAUGAAAAGGCCCGAGACCAAUUUGUCAUUCGUGCUGGCACACUAACUGAAGUUUAUUGGAAUGAUGCAAGAAAGCUAGCACCUGAGCUUGUGUUUCAAAAGCAGUACUGGACAGAUAGUUUCAUUCAGUGGUCCUCUCUGGGAACGUACUUGGCAACGGUUCAUAGGCAGGGAUCGCAGGUGUGGGGUGGUGAAAAUGGCUUUGAGCGUCUGAUGCGUUUUGCUCAUCCCAUGGUGAAACUGAUUGACUUCUCUCCUGGUGAGAGAUAUUUGGUCACAUACAGCAGCCAUGAGCCCAGCAACCCUAGAGACACACAUAGGGUUGUCCUGAAUAUCUUUGAUGUAAGGACUGGGAAGGUGAUGCGAGACUUUAAGGGAAGUGCCGAUGAUUAUACUACUGGCGGGAAUAUGGGGGUUUCUGGUGUUUCAUGGCCUAUUUUCAGGUGGGGUGGUGGAAAGGACGACAAAUAUUUUGCGAGGCUUGGGAAGAAUAUAAUAUCUGUCUAUGAAACCAAUACAUUCUCCCUUCUUGAUAAAAAGUCUUUGAAGGUAGAAAAUGUAGUGGACUUCAGCUGGUCUCCCACUGAUCCUAUCAUAUCUCUGUUCGUGCCUGAAAUGGGUGGUGGAAAUCAGCCUGCGAGGGUGAGUCUAGUGCAAAUCCCUGGCAAAGAGGAGCUGCGACAGAAAAACCUUUUCAGUGUCAGUGAUUGCAAAAUGUAUUGGCAGAACAGUGGAGAAUAUCUUGCUGUUCAAGUUGAUAGGUACACAAAAACAAAAAAGAGCACCUACACUGGGUUUGAGCUAUUUAGAAUUAAGGAGAGGGAUAUCCCAAUUGAGGUCCUUGAACUCGAGAACAAGAAUGACAAGAUCAUUGCAUUUGCAUGGGAACCUAAAGGACAUCGCUUUGCUAUCAUUCAUGGUGAUGGCCCUAGGCCUGAUGUUAGCUUCUACACCAUGCGAACAGCCAAUAACACUAACCGUGUGUCCAAGCUCACAACCCUCAAGGCCAAGCAAGCUAAUGCUUUGUACUGGUCUCCUGCUGGGCGCUUCAUUGUUCUUGCUGGACUGAAGGGUUUCAACGGACAGCUGGAAUUCUACAAUGUUGAUGAACUAGAGACAAUGGCAACAGGAGAGCAUUUUAUGGCAACGGAUAUCAUGUGGGAUCCAACUGGGAGAUAUCUCGCGACUGCAGUUACCUCAGUUCAUGAAAUGGAGAAUGGCUUUCAAAUAUGGUCCUUUAAUGGCAAGCAUCUUUACAAGGUGUCAAAGGAUCAUUUCUAUCAGUUCAUAUGGCGCCCGAGACCACCCUCACUACUGACCCCCGAGAAGGAAGAAGAGAUCUCAAGGAACCUGAAGAAGUACAGCAAGAAGUAUGAACAAGAGGACCAGGACGCGUUCAACCAGUUGAGCGAGCAGGACAGGAAGAGGCGGACACAGCUUCAGGAAGAAUGGGACUCAUGGGUUGCCAAGUGGAAGCAGAUGCAUGAGGAGGAGCGCGCUUACAGGAUGGAGCUCAGGGAUGGGGAGGCCAGUGACGAGGAGGAAGAGUACGAGGCCAAGGAAGUUGAGGUGGAGGAAGUCGUCGAUGUCCGUCAAGAAGUUCUUGCAUUCGACCUAGAUCAGGAGUGA